AUGGAAGACCUAUUUCCAGAAGCCAUUCCUCCUCAACUCAAGCGGAGUCCGGUGCCAAACCUGCAAAUCCUACCAGGUACCUAUGGCUCCUUGCUCAACUCAACAAAGCCGCCGCCAGCAUUGGCUUCCGCCAUUGCAAAUGGCAACAUCACCAAAGCGCCAAACGGCACCUUUUACUCAGGUCUGAAUGGUGUUAACCUGGAGCGAGACCGUCAGAUGACCAGUGCGCUUUCGAUAGCGAUCCUGUGUGGUGUCAUCUUCGUCCUUGGCCUUAGAGGGUGGCAACUCUUCACUGCCCACCUAAGGCGAAUCUACUGUCUUACAGCGACGAGAUCACAGCAGAACUACUGGUCAUACGAUCAGAGUACCUGGCUCCCGUUCCUAAAGAAGCACGUCAUCUAUGCACCACUCGGCAAGAAGCGACACAACCGAGAGAUUCAGCUGUCCAAAGCUCAAAAUUAUGGCACUAUCCCCGGACGUGUCCAUACUGCGGUUCUGACUUUCUAUCUUGUUACCAACCUGGUGUUCUGUCUCUACCUUGACUACAAACACCCAACUCCCAAAGUUUUGGCUGAGCUCCGGGGCCGGUCCGGUAUGCUGGCUGUGUGGAAUAUGAUGGUGCUGAUCUUGUUUGCUGCUCGCAACAAUCCAUUGAUUUGGCUUCUGGAGACCAGUUUCGACACCUUCAAUCUUUUCCACCGCUGGCUUGGGCGACUGGUGAUUCUUGAAAGCCUGAUUCACAUCUUCGCAUGGUAUGGCGCCAUCUGCCUGGCCAAAGGGCCCGAAGAAGCGAGCCGGGCCUUUACUGGUAAGCCAUUCCUGCAAUACGGGCUCGUUGGCACUGUCGCCAUGGGUAUCAUACUCGUACAGAGCCUGUCGCCUAUCAGACACGCCUUCUACGAGGUCUUCCUCCACCUCCACCAGUUCCUCGCUUUCUUCGGCAUCAUCGGGGUGUACUUGCACCUGGACAUUGCGCAGCUACCUGCGUUGCCCUACGCCCGAGCCGUCCUUUGGCUAUGGAUGCUGGAUCGUGUCUGGCGAGUCCUGCGUCUGCUAUACCUCAAUUUCACCAUUACCGGAAAGCAUACGUUGGUCAUCAUCGAGGCUCUACCUGGAGAGGCCUGCAGACUCACCUUCCAAUUGCCACGGCACGUCGAGAUCCGACCCGGCAGCCACGUGUAUGCCUACCUGCCACGGAUCUCGUGGUGGCAAUCGCACCCGUUCUCCAUUGCCUGGACGAACUCGGAUUCCGAGCCACCUACGGGAGUCAACGGCGCUCGUUACUCGAUCUUCCCUGGCAGAUCACCAAAGUCGCCCACCUUCCUUGAGCAGUCCCUCAAACCCGCCUGGAAACAGCAAAAGUCACCAACGACUCUCUCCCUCGUGGCGGCUGCCCGGACCGGCAUGACUAGGAAGAUCUAUGACAUGGCGCGUGCCUCACCGAGUGGAUGUAUCCAAAUGGCCGGACUUGUGGAAGGGCCCUACGCAGGCCAUGCCUCACUUGCGUCCUACGGAACGGUCAUCAUGUUCGCAGGCGGUGCCGGCAUCACUCACCACUUGAUACAAAUUCGCCACCUGCUCGCCGGUGCAUACGCCGAUACCGUGGCCACGCGCAAGAUUGUGCUUGUCUGGACGGUCAAGGACACCGAGGCUUUUGCCUGGAUCCGCGACUGGAUGAACGAAAUCAUGGCGAUGCCUGGGCGGAGAGAAAUGCUCAAGGUGAUGCUAUAUGUGACCCGGGGUAAGGAAGGAAACUUUCAAAGCGCCAACGGGACACUGCUGUCGCAUGCCGGCCGGUGCUCUCCUGGGGCUGUGCUUGACGAAGAGCUGCCGUCAAGAUGCGGAGCUACGAUGGUCACUGUCUGUGGGCCGGGUGCUUUUGCCGAUGAGGUGAGAGCGGCUGUGAGGGAACGCAUUCCGUACGCGGCCAUUGAUAUGGACGAGGAGUCAUUUACGUGGUGA